CAACUUGGAUACUACACCGCACAUUCUUAUAUCAUACCGGGUCCUUGCGCCUCCUCCUAGUGACAGUCUAAUAUAUACUCGAUAGUCCCGCUUCAGUCCUCGUGGCCCAACAACCUCACUUCCCACCCAUCUAUUUAUACAAUACUCCGACCUACUCACACAUUUUGAUACGUCAGGCACGCUAUACCGAAGCGUUUGAUCCAAGACAUCAUAGGCCCAGGCCUGGAAUUCAACAAUCGUCACAUUCCACGACAACAACCAUUCUCCAGCCUUAUUUCUAACAACCUGAAACCCUUCGCGACCACGCUGAAAUUCUUCCUACUUUACAUUCAGGGUUGUCUUUCGGGCGAUCCAUAUAAUAUUGUCAUCCUGGCUACCCAAGCGCUUCCGGCUAUUCAGGCCCCUCACACUCAUUAUCUCAACCGCCUAACUCCGCCUUACCACGACGACUCUAAGCCGGUUCGCUCAUGGAUGGCUGGCCGUCCUCCUCGGGGCCCUGACGACCGCUACCUCAAGCCCGCAGCCGGAUAUCGUUCGGAGCAGAACACCCCUCAAUUGUCGCCUAUCCAGUCACAACCAGCUAUGCAUCCACCACACAACACAGGUCACAUGUCGCUCUCUCUACCGCCCCUCCGUCAACUUUCCAGUACGCCACCAACCCCUUCAAGUCGCCGAUGUGACAAUCCCUUGGGUGUGCAGUCUAUCUUGAACCCUCAAGCUGAGCUUAUCGAACAGCAAAGGGAGCUAAGGCGCAAUGGAUAUCAGAUGGAGACCCCAUCCCCUGUAGACACUCACCACUCAAAUAGCCUUCCCUCCAUCAGUCGACCAACGAGUGUGGACUCUACGCAGGACGAACAGAGGUCCCAAAGACUGUUUCAGCCACCAGGCAGGCCUUCUGCUAGACAUAUGUUGACCCCUAAGUCACCUAGCCUGCACAGGGCACAGAGCCUUGGUGGUCUCAAUCGUCCCACAGGCACGAUCGAUGCUCACCAGUCUCCAUUCCUGACUGCAACUGUGCGUCCUUCCGAGUCAACGACCACGCACCCUGCUUUACCUACUCCCCCGGCUGGAAGCAGGACAAGCUAUUUCCCGCCACUGGCCACUUCAGCCCCCGCGUCGAACAUACUAAUUACCGAAGGCCGACGCACAAGUGGGCAAUUUCUGCCGUCGGGAAGUGCAAGUCCAAUGACGCAGUAUUCUCCCUAUAGCCAAGCUGCAUCUCUUGCCUCUGGCUAUGAAGGUCACGGCCCCCAUGGUCAUUAUGCAUGUGCACCUGAGGCUCGCACGCCUGGCUACCCUAUGGGGCACGAGCGCAACAUGAUCCCUGUUGCGCCAAGCGGUCAGAGCAGCAUUCAGAUCAUGACAAUCAAGAGCCAACAGGGCCACAACGUACAGAUUCCAGUUGAUGUACAGGCUGCGUCGAAAGUUGCUGAUGAGAAGAGAAAACGAAAUGCAGGCGCAUCUGCUCGCUUCCGUGCACGUCGCAAAGAAAAGGAGCGUGAGGCAUCCACAACCAUCUCAAAACUGGAACAGCAGGUUCGCGACGCAGUAGAUAGAGCUGAGUUUUAUCGGUCAGAACGAGACUUCUUCAGAGCCAUUAUACACCAACAGCCAGGCGCCGAGAGACACUACCAAAGACCGACAUCCCCGGUGCUACGACGCCUUUCGUCCGUUCCCUCGCAUACGGCUUCUCCGAUGAACGAAGGUGGUUCUGACGAGUCUUACGGCGACUAUGAGGAUGAAAGGUGUGACACAGGCCGCAAUGUGCGACGACGCACCGGCAGCUACCAGCUGGGUCCAGGCCGCUCGCCAUUAGACACGAACAUGUCGCCCUUCUCUUCUCACGGCUAUGCACCGUCACAUGGCCCCUCUUCACGCAAUCAGCGAUAUGCUCCGGACGAUGAAGGGCAACUGCCAGCUUUGCAGCUACCCACGAUGGAGCGGCCCUCAUACCGUGAUCCUUUCCCUUGACGGAUCAUCACUUGCGGGCCUGAGCUAUCUCCUUUGUGGGCAUGGCCUCAUUCAAGCCACUACUUUAUUUCUCUAGAGAUCAGCUGUCGUUCAGUCUGACCCCUCAUUUCUAUUUCGCCUCUUAAUCAGGACAGUGUCAUUUUCGUUGCUGUAGCGGCUCAUCAAAGCCGAGCAACAUCUGUUAUAUACCCUUGUCCAGCGCUAGACGCUCCUGUUUUGCGAGCUGCUUUGAGUGUUUUGAUCAGUAUCACGCAUAGACAUUACAUCUAGACGUUCAGGUCUUUGCGACUUGUCAUUGUCUAAUCGACCGACAGCCCACGGCAACGUGAGUGCGUCUACUACCUCGUUUCAAAGUUGUACAUUAUAUUCCAUCAAAUAUGUCGAGUAUACAUGUC